AUUGAGGUUAUGUAUUUUUAAUAGAUUUUUUUAAUUUCAUUUUAAGUAUUAAGCAACAAUAUGAACAAAGUAUUUACUAGACUAGCUAGAAAGCUAAUUCAAACCAAUUUUUCUAAUAACAGUCGGUUGGAAAGCAGUUUCAAAGCCGCAGUUAUUAAAGAAGUUGGUAAGCCCUUAGAAAUUGAAGAAAGGAAAACAGAAAGCCUUAAACCGAAUCAAGUAAGAGUGCAAGUGGUUUAUUGUAGUGUUAACAAGGUGGACGUUUAUAAAUUUAAACAAGGUGGUGGAGACUUACCAUUUAUACCUGGCUAUGAACUUUCAGGAGAAGUAAUUGAAAAAGGAAGCAAAGUUUCUAAUGAACAAAUUAUAGUAGGAGACAGAGUAGCUGGACUCAGUUUGGAGAAAUUUGGAGGUCUUGCAGAGCAAUGUGUGUUGGAUGUUGAUGAUGUUUGGAGGUUACCGGCUGACCUAGAUAAGCAAGAUGCUGCGGUCAUAGCUUAUGGCCAUUCUACGGCUGUCUAUGCUUUUUCCAAGUUAGCCACUCCAAAGGAAAAUGAAAGAAUCAUGAUAUCGGCUGGUUCAGCUGGCCUUGGAUUGGCUGCGGUAGAUGUAGCAGCAAACAUAUAUAAAGCCAAGGUUCUUGGACUUGUGGAUACAGAAGCAAGGGGAGAAUUGGUCCGCCAAAGAGGAGCAUUUGAAACGUUACAUUUCAACGAUAAAUUCACCAAACAAUGUAUGAAAAUUACUGAAAAUAAAGGCGUUAGUAUAGUCUACGAUGCUGUAGGAGACAAUAUGAUGGAAACCAUCGGCACUUGUGUGUCUGUUGGAGGAAAAGUAUUAUAUGCAGCUCCGUUCUUUUAUCAGAUGAUACCAGCACCUAAACCUCAUUCAUUUUCGACUAUUUUAAGCCUAAAAGAGUUAAGACGCCAAAAUAAGCAUUUGUAUAAGACUGUAGUAAGUGAUACAUUAGAGUUAGCAAACGAAGGACUCAUUGGUGCCCAUAUUAGUGCUAAGUUUACACUGAAAGAAAUAAAUAAAGCAAUUAAAUUCAUAGAGGAUAAAAAAUGCACGGGAAAGGUGCUUAUUCAUCUGGACGAGUGAUAGAAAAUGAUGUGAUAUUUACUAAAUCAUUUUUCAAUACUUCAGGGUGUCACAGUGUGAAAAGUAAAAACUCGAAAUGUUUAUAAUAAUAAUUGCAUAGGCAUAAUAUCAGGCAUAAUAUUAACAUAUAAGUAUUUAUA